AUGGCACGACGAGGAGGGGGCGAAGGCUCCCCAAAAAAGAACACAUCCCUCAACCUGGUGACGGGGUUCUACCACUACCUCCGCGAUGAGCAGGAGGCAGUGCAGAAAAGGACAUUCACAAAAUGGAUCAAUUCCCACUUGGCAAAGCGUGUCCCACCUCUGGUGGUGACAGACCUGUUUGAGGACAUCAAGGAUGGUGUGAUGCUGCUGGCACUGCUGGAAAUCCUCUCUGGACAGAAACUGCCAUGUGAGCAGGGCAAGAAGCUAAAGAGGAUCCACUGGGUCGCCAACAUCGGUACAGCUCUCAAGUUCCUUGAGGGUAGGAAGAUCAAGCUAGUGAACAUCAACUCCACAGACAUUGUUGAUGGACGGCCAUCAAUUGUAUUGGGGUUGAUGUGGACCAUCAUCCUCUAUUUCCAGAUAGAGGAGCUGACCAGUAGCCUACCAGCACUUCAGGCCUUGUCCAGCAGCACUUCUUCACUGGACAGCUCCACCAGCAGCACUGAGACCACCAGCCCACCUGUCAAAAGAAAACCUCUCCCACCUCUGCAGGGCGGAGCCAGAAAGGCCCUGCUAAGAUGGGUCCAGCACACAGCCACCAAACGUCAAGGCAUUGAGGUGAAGGACUUUGGCCCCAGUUGGCGCAACGGGCAGGCAUUCUUUGCAGUUAUCCAUGCCCUUCGCCCCAAUGUAGUUGACAUGGAGCGAGUAUGGAGGAGGCCUAACCGAGAAAAUCUGCAAGAAGCCUUCUUAUUGGCUGAGACGGAGCUGGGCAUCCCGCAGCUUCUUGACCCAGAGGAUGUCGAUGUAGACAAGCCAGAUGAGAAAUCCAUUAUGACAUACGUAGCCCAGUUCCUGAAGCAUCACCCUGACCGACAGCAGAGCGACUCAGACGGACAGCAAGAAGAAGAGAGAGAGCAGCGAAAGAGCCUGAGGGAGCUCAAGAUGUGGCUCGACCAGCUGGAGAGAGAUGCAAUACAGGCUCAGGAGACCGAGGGCAAUCUCGCUCAGCAGUACCAGUCGUUCAAGAGUCUGCGUGUCCAGUUGGAGAUGAGGAGGAAGCAGGUGGAGGCAGCUUUGCAGUCUACUCAGAAGGAUGGGAUACUGACUGUGGAUCAGGCUCUGGUCAAACAGGCCUGGGAAAGGGCCUCUAAUAGGCUCCUGGACUGGCAUCUGCAGCUGGACAGGUCUCUGCCGGCUCCUUUGGACAUGGUUGGGGCGUGGCUGCAUGAAGCCGAAGGAGCCCUGCGGCAAGAGAUAAUCGUCCAGCAGGCACAUGAUGUGACAGCUAACACUGUCCACAGAGCUCUGGAGCAGCACAAGGAUGUGUUAAAGAGCCUGGAAAGUCACCAGCAGGUCUUUCAGAGGAUCCAUAAAGACAGAAGUGUUGAUGGAGUCCCUGUUCCCCCGGACCAGCUCCAAGACAUGGCUGAGAGGAUGAACUUCGUCUCUACAUCUUCUAGCAUCCACUUGGCUCAAAUGGAAUUCUUGGAGAACAAACACCACAUGCAGGCCUUUCUCACUCUAGCCGAGUCCAAACUCAAAUCCUGGAUCAUAAAAUACGGCCGACAAGAGUCCGUGGAACUGAUGCUCCACAACUAUGUCUCAUUUGUGGAGAAGCAACAUUUCUUUGAAAAGUACGAGGCAUUGUUCCAGUCCCUGAAACAGUCUGCGGAGGCCUACGUCAAUGCCGACAGCUCAGUGGAUGAAGGUGAGAUGGGAGUGCGAAGGUUCAUGCGGGAGGUGGUGACCCAGUGGAGGAGUCUGUCAAUGGAAGUACGCAGUGUGAGGAGCAUGCUGGAGGAGGUGAUGUCCAACUGGGAGAGAUACAGCUCCACUGUGGCCUCCUUACAGGCCUGGCUGGAGGAUGCAGAGGAAGCCCUGAGGCAGCCGGAAAACAUAAAACGGGAGUUUUUCAGAAAUCUCAGCCACUGGAUGGAUCAGCAUGCAGCCAUGAACGACGCAGGGAAUUUUCUCAUUGAAACGUGUGAUGAGACGGUGUCGCUUGAUCUGAAGCAGCAACUGCUUCUUUUGAAUGGAAGAUGGAGAGACCUCUUCCUCAAAGUCAAACAAUAUGCCCAUACAGAUGAGCUGGAGAAGUGGAGAAAAGACCAUCUAAAGGCUGUAUCGACCCUUACAGAGCUGCUGGACACGGCAGAGGCCAAGCUCAAAGCUCCUGUCCAGGUGUCUUUCCUCAGUGUUAGAGCCUUUCUGCAGGAUGUGGAGAAUACCAAGCAAAAGGUUGUUGCCAUGGAGACACAAUACAAGUUGGCUGCCCGCAGUGCUCAGUUCCUCGCCAAGGAUGCACCACAGGAUGAGGCUGCCAGGGUCAUGACAACUAUUGCAACAGCCAAAAGUCAGCUGAGUAAGGUGAGAGAGCGGUGUCCCUCCCUUGUGAGGGAAUGUCAUGUCCUCCUGCCACUGUUGGAGGAGAUGGAGAAACACAUCACUGCGUUUUACCAAGCCCUGGAGCGGGCCAGUCGCAUCACUUCUGCUGCCAGAGACCCAGACACACAGACCCAAACCCAGCAAAAACAAAAGUGGCAGGAUUUGUUAAAUCAGCAGCAAAGCUGUAAACGUUGUCUGUCAGUGAUUGAGAGGAAUCACCACACCCUGCAGAGGGCGCUGUCCACCAGUAAGGUGCUCCGAAACUUUGACCUUUCCCUGCUGCAAAAAAGAGUGGCUGAAAUACAAGGCUCAGCACAGGCUUUGCUGAAGGAGGUCGGGGAAUGGAGAAGGCAGGAAGAGGCCAACAACUGCCUGAGGAGGAGGUUUGAGGAAUCAAGACAAGAGCUGGAGAGAGUGCUGAAAAAAGCUCAAGGCUGCUUGAGAGAGACUGGAGACGCUGAGGAAUUACUGAAGAAACACAGUGACUUUUUUGGCCAACUGGACCAGCGACUGCUGAGCGUGUUCUUGAAGGCAUGUGAUGAGCUGACUGACAUCCUCCCACAGGAGGAGCAACAGGGGCUGCAAGAAACUGUCCGCAGGCUGCACAAACACUGGAAGGACAUCCAGGGCGAGGUACCCUCUCACCUGCUCCGUUUAAAGGUGGAGGCUGAGCGAAGUCGAGUGGCUGUGAUCGUACAAGACUGCAGCACAGAGUUGGAAAGGGAAAUGCAAGCCCUGUCUGGCACCUGCACCAGUGAGCGAGUGAUCAAAGAGCACAGAACUUAUUUCAGGGAACGUAAACCUCUGACUUUGUGUGAGAAGAGGAUUAGGAACAUGGAGGAUCUGUGUCAUAAGUUGCCUGACAACGACACGGCUUAUCAAACGCUAGACUCCACCAGAAGGGUUGUAGAUGAGGUUGCAGAGCAAAUCAAGAACACCUACCUCAAGCUGGAGCAGCAUCCUGAUAAAUGGAAAGAGUGGAACGAGAGGUUCUGUGAGCUUUCUGAUUGGCUCUCGUCUCAGAGGAGGCAGGUGAGGCUCUUGAGAGACACAGCAAGAAACUCCAGCCAUCAGGAGCAAGUUGAUGCUGCUGUUCAGGCACUGCAGGAAGCAAUAGAUGCCCGAGAGGAGAACCUGCUGUGGCUCAAGAGCCGUCUUGCUGGGCUGUCUGAGGUUAGCUCUGAACUGGAGGUCCAGAGGCAGAGAACAGCUCUGGCCAAACUCUCAACUGACCUGCGGGCACUGUUUUCUUCACUCUGUCAGUGGGGUGAGGAGGGCUCUGCUAUGUUCCAGUACGAGGAGCUGGGGGAGGAGGUGCGUGGUGCAUUGGAGGAGGUUCUGAGAGCGCGAAGGGAGGCUGAGGAGCAGACCAGCAGGAUCCUGGAAGCUGAGGGCCUGGAUGAGGCCAAACAACUUUACCUUAUCCACCAGCAACACCUGAAGCGCCUGCAUGCUAACAGGAGAGACGCAGAGCUUCUGGUGUCCCACUGUCGCCAGUUGCAGAAAGGGGAGGGGCUCAGUCAAUCUUUGCGGGAGCUUGAAGGUGCUUUCAGAGAGGUCGACCGUAAAUCAGGGGCAAAGGGACACAACCUGCAGGCGACGCUGAGCUCCUGGCAGAAUUUUGAAGCAGAAAGAGAAACAGUUUGGAGGUUUAUCAGUAACACCAACAAUGAGCUGCACAAAGAACUUAUUUUCAACAGCCUGGACAGCCUGAAAACUGAACUGGAGCAUGUCAAGGAGCUCUUCACAAAGGUUGAGGAGUGUUCUGUGCGAGCAGAUCUCCUCCUGGAAAAGGCAGCAGAUGUUCAGCUCGGUCCGAAGAAUCAAACUCUUCUUCUGCAGCAGGCCCAGUCCACCAGAGAAGCAGUCACACAACUUCAAGACCACCUCAACAAGACCGUUGUCCAGCUGGAGAUGAUGUGUAUGUGGUGGGAACGCUUCAGCAGUGAAUCAGAGGUCUUCUCUCUUUGGAUCAAUGAGAAAGAGAAGGAGCUGGAGGCCGUCAACUACACCUCCUCCUUAGAUCCUCUGGACAAACACAUCAGCACAGUGGAGGCUGUGGGGGAAGGUUUAGAGGAGAGAAGGGCAGCUCUGGCCCACAUGGAGGCAGACUGUGAGGCCCUGUCAAGGUUUGUGACCCCUGGAGAGGCUGGACACAUUCGGGCACGGCUUACGCAGAUGAGACGCUACUGGGAAGAGUUGAAGGGGAGAGUAGAGCAGCUGGGAGGACAGCUCAACCAGUGCGCCUCGUACAGGCAGAGAUACAACGAUAACCUUGAACAGGUCAAGAAAACAAUGAGUGACCUUCAAGAGAAGCUGGAUAGUCUAGUCACAAACUGUACAUCAUCAAAUGAGACCUACAAAAGCCUCCAGGAUCAUAUGGAGGUCUGCCAGGCUGUGGAGCAACUGAACCCCAGGCUGCUGGCUUUGUGUUCAGCCAUGAAAAGACUUGGAGAGGGAAGCCAGCUGGAGGAAGAGGUGGCUAACCUCAAAAAGCAACAGGGAGAGCUUAUGGGAAAAGCCACAGAAAAGCAGUCGACAUUAGAGAGUCUUCUAGCGCUGUGGCAAAGAUUUGAAAAGGAGAGUUCGUCCAUGAAAAGCUGGCUGGACAGGUGUGAGUCUGUUUGCUGUCCAGACACCGACCUGCUGUCUGCAGACAAAGAAAUGCAGAGGGAGACACCGUCUUAUGAGGCUCUCCUCCAGGGUCUUGUGAAUCUCGGGCUGUGUCUGUACCCCACAGCGACUGAAGCUCGUAUCCAAGAGCUCAGUGAUGAUCUCACACAAACACAGGACAGAUGCAUUUCUUUGAAGAACAGCAUAUCACACAGACUUGAGCUGCUGGAGCCUCAGUUGGAGCAGUUGGAGCAGUUCGAUCAGGCACUGCUGACUCUGACCCAAAGGAGUGAAAAAUUCCUGUCUGGUUUGAGAAGUUCUUCCCAGGUUGAUAUUGCUGAUCUUGAGGCUGCAAUUACUAAGCUGAAGGAGCACGAGGUGCAACUACAGGCACAUACAUCACUAAGAGAGACACUCCAGCAAAAGGAGUCCUCCCUGCUUCGCUGUUCCACCCCGGAGGCCCAACAGCAGCUCCAGGGCUGGAGUGAGGACUGCCUACAACCCCUCAGUGAAUCCCAGCGUCUCCUGCUCCUCCGUAAAGAGUGCCUGACUGAGUUAAAGACUUUUCUUGAGAAGCAUGAAGCGGCGGCGAUGGCUGUGCGACACCUUCAUGAGGCCGUGGAAGGCAGGGGGAGCUGGGACCGCUCCAAAGCUGAAGAGCUGCAUCGUGGGAUAGGGGAAGUGUCUAAAGAUGUGGCCAGGCUUGAGGCUGAGGCAGUCGGGUUAGAUGGGCAGCUAAGCAAAGCGCACCUUCACCUGUGUGGGGCAGAGUGGAGGGGCUCCAAAGAUGUGAGCCACCCUCAGGGAAGAACAUCUUGCAGGGGACAGGCAGUGGCUCUUACAAUGGCUUUGGAGGAGGUUCAAAGGGGUGUAGGAUGGAGGCAGAGUGAAGCAGACGCUUUAGGGGCAUUAUGGAGCUCCUUCAGGGAGAGGAGGGAGGAGGUGAUGAAGAAUUUGAAAAAACUGGAGGAUGAGGCGAGGCAAGAGGGGGCCAGAGAGAGCUCUGUACAGGCCUUUCAAAACAGGCUGCGUUUCUUCGUCCAGCUGGAGGAUGAGCUCCAGUCCCUGCAGCACUCCCAACGGUGGUUAGAGGAGAAGGGAAGCCAGCUGGCCCAGAGAGACAGUGAGCUGGCUGGGGAGGCUCUCCGGGAGGUAGCACUGGUGAAGACAGCCUGGGAGAACGUCAGGACUCUGAGCACCAAUGGUCAGGAACAAAGUGGAGUUGUGGUAGAUCUUCUGCGCCAGUUCCACCACCUGAAGUUGAUCCUCACCACUGUUGUAGAGAAUGCUGAGGCUGUUGCUCACAAUCUGCCCGACCACAACCAUAAUGCUCAGGAGGCCAAAAGGACUUUCACACGAGUCACAUGA